GUGCUGAUACAAGGCAGCCAAGUCACGGGAUCAAACUAGUGAAUAUCACUAUGUGAGAUCUCUCUGUUUUUCAAUGACUUUGGGUAUUGGAUUUGGACUUUGGGACUUCGGAGGGUCCUUUUAAGCUUGCUUAGUUUACUCCGUAUUUUCCUCUCAAGAGCAUUGAUUGAAUCGCUCCUCAUAAAUGUUGCUGCUGAUUUGUUCAUCCCAUAACUUAUUUUCCCACUCAAAUUCAAGUUUAUGAUUUGCUUCAUCAUUUCGUGUUUCUAAUUAUGGAUUGUCAACUGCAUCCUGAUGCAAUCUUUGAUGAGGUUAAGAAGAAAACAUGGAAGCAAACUAUUCUUCUGUCUUCUCAAAUCGUUGGAGUUGUUUAUGGUCAAAUAAGCACCGCACCCUUGUAUGUUUUUGGGACUAUGUAUCCAUCGGAUGUGAAUUCCGAGGAGGUUGUUUACGAACUCUUCUCAUUCAUAUUCUGGACGCUGACUGUCAUUUCCUUACUGAAGUAUGCCUUUAUAAUGCUGAAAGUUGAUAAUGAUGGAGAAGGUGGUACUUUUGCGUUAUACUCACUCUUAUGUAGACAUGCAAAAGUUGGCCUGCUCCCAAAUGAUAGAAGCACUGAUGAGGUUAUGCAUUAUGAGGAUAAGAAUCCCUCCCACAGGAAUGUUGAUUCAAGGGCUCGAAGGGCCAUUGAGAAACACAAAAGCUGUCACUAUUUGCUGUUGUCAUUGGCUCUCUUUGGAUCCUGCAUGACUAUUGGUGACGGGGUUCUCACUCCGGCUCUUUCUGCCUUGUCAGCUUCGAAGGGUGUUGAACGAUCCCUGACAGAUUUGUCACGCAUAUUUUCCUCUUCACAACAUUCUCAGCAGUCAGUGUCAGACGCUAUUAAAAAAUAUGUACCUGUUCCUUCUUCGUGUGUUAUAUUGGUUGGCCUUUUCGUGCUGCAGCCUUGUGGGACACGCAAGAUUGGAUUCAUGUUUGCUCCAAUCAUUUUUGUUUGGCUGUUAUUUGUUGCCGGAGUGGGAGUGCAUAAUAUUUUCCAGUGGGAUGUGAAAAUCAUUUAUAAAAUAUCCCCUCUAUACAUGUUAAGAUUCAUCAGAAAUAUUGAUGCACGCAGAUGGAGGUUGCUAGGGAGUGUCAUUUUAUGUGUGGCAGGAUCAGAGGCUAUGUUUGCUGAUCUAGGACAUUUCUCCCAGAAAUCAAUCAAGAUAACAUUCAUCUGCUUGAUCUACCCACUUCUUGUUUUAAACUAUGCGGGUCAGGCUGCAUAUAUCUCCAAGAACUUUAACACUGAAGAUUUCAUUCAUCUUAGUGGAUCUAUGCCUAGAAGCUGCAAUCAUAUUUUUACAAUAUUAUCCCUAUUUGCCUCAGCUGUUGGAAGCCAAGCGACGAUAACAGCGACUUUUUCCAUAAUUAACCAGUGCCUCGCUCUAAAUUGCUUCCCCAGAGUAAAAGUUAUUCACACAUCAAAGAAGAUACAUGGACAGAUUUACAUCCCAGAUAUCAACUGGUUAUUGAUGAUUCUCAGUCUCACUGUUACUAUUGGUUUCCGAGACCUGGUGAAAAUUGGUAAUGCGACAGCUUUGGCUAUAAUUAGUGGAAUGCUGGUGACAACUAGUCUAAUGUCACUAAUCAUUGCUCUGUACUGGGAGAAGAACUUUUUUCUCUCUGCAUGCUUUCUUGUUUGUUUUGGCUCUCUUGAGGCUGCAUAUCUUUCAGCAUGUCUGCUACAAUUUCACAAGGGAGCAUGGUAUCUGUUUGUUCUCUUGGUGGUGACCAUGACGAUCAUGAUUGCAUGGCAUUAUGGAACUAAGAAGAAGUAUGAGUUUGAUACAGAAAACAAGGUGCCCACCGAAUGGCUCAUAGAGGUUAGUCCAAAUCUCAGCAUUUCAAGAGUACCGGGAAUUGGCUUCAUUUACACCGACAUUGUAGCUGGAAUCCCGGCUUUCUUUUCACAUUUCAUCACAAAUCUUCCUGCAUUUCAUCAAGUCCUGAUCUUUGUGUCCUUCAAGUCUCUACCUGUGCCUUAUAUCCCAGAAAGUGAAAGAUAUCUGAUCGGCAGGAUUGGUCCAAAAGUUUACAAAAUUUACAGAUGCAUUGUCAGAUAUGGAUAUUGUGAUCAUGUUAGGGACUCUGAUAAUUUUGAGGAGCAGAUAAUCCGUUCCAUUGGGGAAUUCAUUAAUGUUGAACAGAGUGACAUAGAAUCCAUUGAUUCCCCAGAUAGAAGGAUGAUCAUCAUUGGAAAUUCAUCAUCAUCCCAAGGAAAUGCUUUAGUUCCUCUGGAGGAUCUCGAAUCAACCGACAUGCCAAGCCUAGUGAGCAGUGAAUCUCAGGUAAGUCCAGUUGCUAGUCCUCCUCCUGCUGCUAAGAGAAAAAAGGUCAGAUUCAUGUUGCCUGCAAAUAGUCCUAAAAUGCAGGCAUCAGUAAGGAAGGAGCUCUUAGAGCUAAUCGAUGCUCGGGAAAGCGGUAGCGCCUAUUUCCUGGGCCAAUCUCAUUUAGUGGUUCGUGAUGGCUCAAACAUUCUGAAGCGAUUCCUGAUCAUGACAUACCACUUGAGUGAAAAGAAUUGCCGUGAGCCUCCAGUAGCACUGAAAAUUCCUCAUGCUGCUCUCGUAGAAGUUGGUAUGGUCUGUACUAUAUAAGCUUCUGAAGAAGUGAAUGCAGUUUUAGUAACACACUCACACAAGGGAAACAUGAAGGUUGGAAUAAUUAAAGAUUACAUAAGAAGAGAAACAUAUUGAUAUUUUAUGUGAAAUAUGACAGAUAUAUUUUGUGUUCUAGUUGCAUGGAUAUACGGAGAAAGAAUUAAUACUAUUUUGGUGUCCUGAUAUGGCUACUUUUCUGCCCAUAUUUUUCGAUGUUCUUUACUUCCUUUUAUGUUUUCUAGAAGUUACCUCAAAAUGUUGCUUCACACAUUUCCUAGUUCUAGCUUGUGAGACUUUGAAGUUUGAACCUUCUCGGUAGCAGUUCUAUAAAGAAAAACAUCUUAUGAAA